AGCAAAAAGUGUGUUUCAUGCCAGUGGGAACUUAAUUUGGGGAUUUUUGAUCAUUUAACUUAGCCUGAAGUUGUGAAGUGUUUUGUCUUGAAACGGUAGAGAUAAAGUUGAAAAAGUAUUGGAAGCUUUUUCUGUGUAAAAUAAUUAUGUUCGUUCAGUUUAAAUAAAACCAGUCACAGUUUAGGAGGCCUAGCUUCCUGUGAAAUGAGAAGUCAGCACUGAUUGCAGAAAUCUGAUUAUAACAGAUCCAUCCUAAAAACCAUCACAAUGUGCCCAGCCCUGUGCAAGGCGAGGGGAAUAAAUAGGAUGAAGCCUAUUCUGGGACUUUACAUGAUGGGCCAUGGUGGACAAUAAACAUACAGUAAAAUAGGUUGUUGUAAGAAGGGCUCUGAAGGAAGUAAUGUCUUGUCCACGCGUGCACAUAGGGUAGACCUCUGAGUCGUGGUGGUGUCACUUCUAGAUUCUCACUGUGUUGAGCCAAGGUGGGAUGUGGUUGCUUCCCCAGGCCAAUGUAAGGGGCCAUGUCAGACUCUAACCUUCUGUGUCAGGCUGAAUUGCCCACCACCCAAGACCCCUCCCGCAGAACUUUUGGAAUCAUCUCUGAUUCUCUGGUAGCCCCAACAAGGGAGUGGUGGAUCAUGAACCGUGGAACUAAGAGUUUAGAGGAAAUGGCAGCAUUGUGGAAUAAAUAACUGUAAUGUGUGCUGUCUUGCCUGCACCCUAAUUGGCUCUGAUUUCUCAGGUGAGUUGCUUUUCUUGGAAGCAGUACAGCCAAGGGGCUGGGAUGUCCGCUUGGAAGAGGAGAAGCUCAGGUUGCCCGAACUGGAUUAGCCCUGGGAAUAUCCCUGGAGGCCCCGCCCUGCCCCGCCAUACCCAAUGGGCUGCUGGCCCCAGGUCUGAGCUCCAACCCCGCCUCGCUGUGGGGGAGUGGCCCCAUAAAAGGCAUUUGUGGCCUCCUCUAGGGGAAUGACAUUUGGGUCUUGUCUUUGUGGGAAAAGGCUCCUUACUGCAGGGCCUGAAGCCCAACUAGGCUGAGCCUCUUAAGGGUUUGUUUCCUAAACAAAGGUGUCAUAAAGAAAGGGUGGGCGUGACCUAGCCAAGGUGAGCUAGGGAAGCGGCCAGAAGGCAUUACUCCCUUGACUCCCACUGAGUCUGCGACUCUGCAUGCCAUGUCCCUGUUGCAUGUCAUGUCCCUUCUAGGUAUUUGGGCCCCAAGGCUCCUUCUCAUGUCGCUAGAGUUAUGGUUGUUGACCCAGGGUUUUCCCAUUCCGAAGAGGGCCCAGGACUUGGUCCAGCUGACCUCCGAAGCGCCUGGGCCAACUGAGCCCUGGUCCUUACACUCCUUGGACCUCCUUCCUGACUCGCCCGAGAAGCUCACACCCCCGGCAAACCCGGGGGGCUUUGAUUAUCUGGGAUCAUCUGCUCCCUCGCAGGUGCUCUCCCCACCUCACUUGUUGACUGACAGUUUGCUUCCUUUCCUGGACUGGGAAUCUGCUAGGCAGCUGUCUCCAGAGCCAGGUCAGUUUGCUGUUGCACACAAGGAGCUGCUUGACAAGCUAAAUCUGCCUGAGAGGCCCCCAGAAGCGGUGCCCAUGCCCAGUGGGGAACAGAAUCAGGCCCCAGCUCUGCCUCUUUUACUCAAAAGUAAGACUCAGCCUGUCAGUCUAGAUCAGGCUUCAGAUCGAGUAUUUGAUGUAUUUGUUCCACUUCUUGAUCAUAAGAGAUUAAAACGAAAAAUGUUUAUUGGUUUACCCUGGAAACUGAAAAAGUAUGUAGCUCAGCAUCACGGACUUGAUGACACUGUGGUUGGAACUCCACACCAAUUUGCAAACCUUCAGCUUCAGACACAACCCUUGCAGGAUGAUGACACAGAUCCAGGUCUGAGCACAGCUGAUUCUGACAGCCCUCCUCUGAAACCUCAGGAGAGCACAGAUGAGCCUCCAGAGCCCCUUGAGCAAGUUGAACCUUCUGCAGUCCAGCAAGAAGCCCCAGUUCAACCCUCAGACUUGCCAAAAGUCACCAUGAAACAUAUCGAUCUGGAGGUUACACUAACUUCAGAGCCUUCUCCAAGGCAGAAGCAGGCCUCAGAGAGUACUGAGGACGUUAACACUCUCAUCCACCCAACAAGAGGCUCCAGCUCAGACUUCAGAAUGGAAGCCCCAGUUCAGCCUACAACUCCUCCGAAAGAAGUCAAACCCCCUGUUGAGCAAGAUCCUACAGAUGAAGCUCCAGAGUCCCGUAUGGAGAACACAGCUCCAACUCUACCAAAUCAGGAGGUGACGGUUCAACCUCCAGCUCAGGAUCAAGCUCAACAAACUAUCUUGCCCAGUGUUACAGGUAAGCCUGUGGAUGUGGAAAUCACCAUGAGAUCAGAGCCUACCAAGAAGGCUGCAUCUUCUCUACAAGUGGUCCCACCUCAGCCUUCAGGCCCUCUUUCAGAGACUGAAACUUCUCCCAGUGAGCAAGAACAGCCAGAGGAACCUUCUGAGUCUUCUGAGGAAUUGGAACCUUCUGGAAGCCAGACAGAAGCUCCAGUUCAGCCUGCAAAGCCAUCUGAGGAAGUCAAGCCUUCACCUGAGCAAGAGGUUCCAGUUCAAGCUCCAGAGGCUUCAGUUCAAGCUCCAGAGGCGACAGUUCAAGCUCCAGAGGUGACAGUUCAAGCUCCCGUUCAGAAUCAAGCACAACAGGAUAACUUGGCCAGUGAAACAAAUAAGCCUGUGGAUGUGGCAAUUACCAUAACUCCAGAGCCAGCCCAGGAGGCUGCAUCUGCUCUAACUCAGCCUUCAGAGUAUGCUGAAGGGGCAGAACCUUCUCUCGGUGAGAAGGAACAAACAGUUCAGCCUUCUGUGUCUCCUGGGGAGGCUCAACCUUCUGGAAUUCACAUGGCUGCUCCAGUACAGGCCUCAGAGCAUACUGAGGAGUUUGAACCUCCUCCACCCCAGCAGGAACAACCAGCUGAGUCUUCAGUGUCCUCUGAACAGUCUGAAGCUUUGAAAAACCAGCAUGAGAUUACAACUCAGAUGCCAGAACCCUCAGAAAAGGAUGAACUUUCUCCAUUGCGAAUGCUGAACUUUCACCAAUUCAGCCACAACUCCCAACUCCGUCUCCAGAAUCCUCUGAGGAGGCUAGUGAUCUUCCUCCAUUGGCAGAUAGCACAUCACUUUCACCUCACGAUCUGUUGUAAAGGAUGGCUGUUUUCAAGUAAGAAUCCAAGUUCAUGUUGUUUUUGUUGUCCCACCACUGUGCAACUGAAGCUGUUGUCUUCUUCUUUGGCUUUUUCUUUUUGUAGAAAUCUUGGUUGCAAUUUAAUCACAGAGUUGAACUUUGGAACAUUUCAGGCAUGGCAUGGAAUGCAGUUUUUACAGCAAGUAAUUCUCAGUCGUAAUCCUCUGACAACUGUCGAAGAUUCCCAUCUUUUUAAAUUGCCAGCAUUAAAGUACCUGCAUACAAUGAAUAGCCAAGCCUGGUCCUGUGUAUAAUUUCUUAUGACAUAUAUGGGCAUUUAAAAUGCUUUGCUUUUUGGUGCUGUAUGAGAAUUUUUUCAUCAUCAAAAUCUCUAUUACAAUACCAGCACCACGGCUUCAGCUGCUUCU